UGGUGGUAGGGAGGGGGAGGAGAGAGAGAAAGACAGAGAGAGUGUCGGAUAAUUGGAUUAAGGGAGCAAGAGCGAGGAGUAAAGAGAAACAGACAGACAGAGUGAGAGACAGAGCUGGGGUACACCUGACCGUAAGAAGGGAGGGUAGCUCCUCUGCCAGCCACAUACACACGUUUGCACACACACACACACACACACACACACAUACUCACACGUUUGCACACACACAUACAAACACACAGUGCAAACAGGCAGAGGCAGUGAGCCAGGCAGCAGAGAGCCUGUCGACCAGCAGCCAUGACAGACACCGAUACUCUGAGCGAGGCACUAAAGGCUAUCAGUGUGAGUACGGAGUUGAUUGAUGAGGAGCUCAAGCCUCAUUUGGACACAGUGCUGGCUAGUCUUUUGGAAAAGAAAAAGGAUGCUGCUGUGGAGAUUGCCAGAAGCGGGAUUUUACCCACACUGGCUCAGGCCUUACGGAGUAAAAGCCACCUGAGCUGCCAGGUGGCUCUGGUGGUAGCAGAGAUGGCCAGGGAAGCUGCAGUGAGGGAGCCGUGCAUUGAGGCAGGCCUGGUGAAGGUGCUGGUUCCCCAUCUGAACAGCAAUAACCAGGAGAUGUUGCUGAACACUGGCAGGGCCAUCGGACGCAUCUGUUUUGACAACUCAUACCAACAGGACCAGUUAGUCCAGAAUGGUGUAAUCCCCAGACUGGUGUCCAUUAUAAGGGAGUACCCAGAGAAUGACCCCCUGGUCAACGUCUGCCUGCUGGCCCUCUGUAACCUGGCUGACAUGGACUCUGCGAGGGAUGCCCUGGCAGAACAGGAUGUGGCAGAUGUACUGACAUUCCAGCUGAAACGAGCGUCUGAUGCAGAGCGCCGACAUGUCAUCCUGGAAAUACUGGGCUCGCUGGGCGAGAGUGAUAUACUGAAGCUGCAGUUUGCUGAGUCAGGAGUACCAGAGGCUUUAUCAGAGAUGAUUCGGAGUUUGCAGGGAGGUUCUGACCCCCAUGACCUCUGCAGCAUCAAGAUUGCCUCCAACCUCAUCGUGUCCUUGCUUUUAGGAGAUGAAUCUAUGCAGAAGUGUUUUGGUGAGGGAACAGGUCUGGUGUAUCAGGAUGUUCUGUCCUGGCUGCAGAGCUCCAAUACCCAGCUGCAGCUGUCUGGAGCCCUGGCCAUCGCCAACUUCGCCAGGAACGAGGACAUAGAUGCUCUGUGUCUUUCAGCCACCAACAAAGUGCGGAUGCUGGAUGAUGGGGUGACUGAAAGAAUAAAGACCCUGCUGCGCUCUGACAUGCCACCAGUUCAGUUCAAACUGCUGGGUACACUACGCAUGAUGGUGGAUGGACAAGAGGAGGCAGCUUUGGUGCUGGGCAGAGAUGCUGUGCUGCUGGCUCGGGUCAUGGAGUGGUGUGAAGCUAAAGACCAUGCAGGAGUCCGAGGAGAAGCCAGUCGCCUCUUGGCUGCCUUCAUCAGACACAGCCGUAGCCCUGAAGUUGUCCUUGCUGUAGCCAAAGCAGAUGGGGUUCGGCACCUAAUCUCCAUGGCAACAAGUGAACAUGUCAUCAUGCAGAACGAGGCCCUGGUUGCCCUGGCAAUAGCAUCUGCAAUUGACAUCGAGUCUAUGAAGGAUCCGUUCAGGGAGGCAGAGCUGUUGCCCAUGCUGAAAAAGAUGUUGGAGGAUCCUGUAGGGGCGGUCGAAGUCAAGUUCAGUGCUUUGGGUCUCAUCUGCAGCCUGGCUAACUCCAGUGUGAUGAAGGAGGAGUUGAACUCUGUGAACAUGAAGGAAAGCCUCAGUAAACUGACAGAUCACAGCAGCAGUAAACUUGCCUCGCAGGCCGGCUCCAUACUGGCCACUCUCAGUGACACCAGCUAAACCAGCACACUGCGGCAACACAGGAUCUCAUCUGCUGUAUGGAUUUAUCCAUCUUAUUCAGUGACAUACCUUCAUUCAAAUGAUCUCACUGCACAGAUACUGCUAAAUAUUGAAAUGGCUUCUAAAAAUGUUAACCUGUUAUUUGGCAAUAUUACUCAUUACUCAAGGACAAGCAAAACUACAGACCAAAGGGAUUCAUUCAGUCAGGAGCAUGAUGCUCAACAUUUUCCAUGGCAAAUUACCAGAUAGAUCAUGAGACAUCCUAUGUGCAAAGUUAUUGGACUGAGACUGGAGAUAGAAGAAAGUUCACUGUGUCCAAAAUGGAGAGGGUUUGUGUGAAUAUGAGUGUACUCAAUACGUUUCAGAGUAACCUGUCAUCAGAUUUUGACAUUUCUUUUAGACAAAUGUACAGUAAAUGUAGUGUCAAUAAUGGCAGUAGAGGAGAGAUUGGGGGUCUGCAAAAACAGAGGCAUUCAUCGUCUGGAGAUCAUGAAUAUCCACUGAAAAUGUUAUUAAAAAUCUAGUCUUAAGUUUUUAAAAUAAUAAUAAUAAUGACAAAGAUGUUUCCUUUCCAUCUGACAUUAAAAGGAAAGGCAAAGACGGAAAUCAAAUUAUGGACUUCACAUUAUUCUGAGGAGAAUAAAUGUCACUGCAGUCUGGCAAUCAGUAGUCUUGGUCCAAGUGACUGAUGUCACUUUCAUUGGAGUACAGGGUCAAGAACAUUGGGGCAGGAGAUUUAAGAUAGGAUAAGAUAAUCCUUUAUUAGUCCCACAGCGGGGAAAUUUGCAUCAUUACAGCAGCAAAAGGGAUUGUGCAAACAAGAAGCAUCAGCACCAAAACACAAAGCAAUAUAAUAAGUACAUAUCGGUAAAAAAAAAAAAAAAAAAGAAA